UGUUCAAGAAACUGAAAAUGGAGAAAGAAGAAUCUAACUCUACUGAGGCAGAGAUUGCCCAGGCAGAGAAGAAUAACAUGGCUACUGAUGAAGCAAUGGACUCUGGAGACAAAGAUACACCAACUCUAGCUGACAAGACAACAGAAGAACCUGCCAGUGUAGAGGAGAAAGAAAACAAGGAGGCUCCGCCUGGUGGUGGAGGUGAGUGUACAGAUGAGGUACCUAAAGAGGAGGAAGUAGAAAAAGAAUUGGUCGAGUUUAAAAUUGUCUACAAAAAGAAGCCAUAUGAUGUCAAGUUCCCUUUAGAUGACAAAGUGUCUGCCUUAAAAGCUCAUAUUGAAAAAUUAACAGAGUUACCUCCAUCUAUGCAAAAAGUGAUGUUCAGAGGUCUAGCAAAAGAUGAAUCAACAUUGAGAGAGUUGAAAGUGAGCAAGGGUGCUAAAUUGAUGGUUGUUGGCUCGACGAUGACGGAGGUGAUGUCAGUAAGUGCGCCCGACCCGAAAGAGAUCAAGGCAGAGGAGAAGGGUGCUGAGGCAAAGAAGGAACCAUUCUGUCAACAGAAGCAACACAAAAAAGUGCUAGAAAAAUACCCGAAACCAGACGAUGCAAUGCCAGGUUUUAAAAACCAGAAGGAGCGUCUGCCAUCGUUACCGCUGGCGGGGAUGUAUAACAAGUUUGGCGGCAAAGUACGACUGACAUUCAAAUUAGAAGUUGACCAAAUAUGGAUCGGAACGAAAGAAAGAACAGAAAAGGUGAACAUGAGUUCUAUAAAAGCCAUCGUGAGUGAACCAAUAGAGGGGCAUGAGGAAUAUCAUAUAAUGGGAAUCCAAUUAGGCACAACUGAGGCAUCUCGAUACUGGAUCUACUGGGUGCCUGCACAAUAUGUGGACUCUAUCAAGGACACUGUUCUAGGAAAAUGGCAGUAUUUCUGAUAGGAAUACAGACCUUAUGUAUUUGUGUCAAGUUACCAUGGUUACUAGUGGAGGCCAUACUGUGAUGAUGUGUGUGGGCUUUUGAAGCUAAAUCAGUGUCGGGAUUCAAGUCAUGUCACUCGAGGCUCAGCAGCUGAGCUACCUCUUCACCCAUUCAUUGCUACAUGUACGUCCUUUACUUGGAGGAUUCCUUCAAAAUAUGCUAUUUUAGCAUUUUAAAGAAGGGCUUUGAGGAGUUAUUGCCAGGCUGGUUUUGUAUGGACAUUAGUACAUAAGUACUCUCUGACUAUCACUAUUGUCAGCAAAGCAAUCAUCUCUUCUCCUAUAAAUCUAACUGGAAUCCAAAAGUAUGAUUUUGUAAUAUAAAUGGAGGGUCAUUUUAAAUAAGGCAUCGUCCAUAAGCAUUAACAUUACAAAUCAACUGCAUGUGAACAUGUAUGUGUGUUGUAUGUUUCAAAGAAGUCCAUUCAUAAAUAUUCAUAUUGUUUUAUCAUGGAGGCUAAAAUUAUCAGGAAUGGCUAUUUCAGUUCUCAUUUUCCUAAACUGCGAAUGUUUCCUUAGCAUCACCAUGUAGUUUGGUAGUUUGCUGCCUGUGCAUUUAUCCUGUAUGUUGGAAGCCCUUCAAAGAUGGUGUGUCCUGUUUUGUGAGAUCAAUGUUGCUGCCACUUUUUGCUGUCCAAAGUGCUAUUUAAUUCGAUAAGAAAUCAUUUCAAACCCUAGUGUCCUUCAUUUGAUAAGGACUACUUCAGGCUCAAAUAGAAUGUUUUCAAUUAGCCAAGUGGCCGGCGAAUGACUAUGUGACUCUUAUGGCUGUGUAAUAAAUAGUAACAGAGAUAUGAGCAAAAAAUGACAUCACAGAUUGGUGACAUCACUAACAUUGUUAAGUCACACAUACAUUUUUUGCUUAUAACUCAAAUACUAUUUCUUGCAUACAUGGUAAAACGUAAAACUUAUAUUUGUCAUCAGAACUUAAUGGUGCGUCAUUUCAAUCUGCGUUCGAAGCAAUUGUAAAAUUCAGUUUUAUUUGAACUUCCAAUUGUUUUGAUAUCCGUACCUCAUAAUCCUUGGAAGAACUUUUGAUUUAGGUCAUAUUUAAAGGAAGAGUGUCUUAAAAUGAUGUUAGGCUGUCUCUAAUAAUACUUCCUGGGGUUCCCAUCUCGAUGUCGCUGGAAGCAUUCACCCCAAAGUGUUUGCAAACAGUUGUUAGAAUCUUGGACUUGGUGCACAUUUUCGGAAACGUCCAAGAAGUGCCUUUAUUACAGGACACUCUGUUACUGUCUGCAGUAUCAGCCCAACAUGAUCUUGAGCCACUCCUCCUUUAAGUGACUGUAAGUCAUUAAUCGUUUGUACACUUGUUCUUGGUGACAUCAGCUGCUGUUGUUCUAAAUAGAAGUUACCAUGAUUUA